GGCCGCGCUUGAAGGUUGGGGUACCUUGCAGCCAUCAUUUGCAAUGCUCUUAUGAUGGUCCGCCCACGGUAGAUGUUUGUCUACUCGUUGUGUGGGCAUGGAAUCACAUUUUGCUGUUGCUAGAUUUCAGAUGAACAUGAUGCUGGGGCUAACACCCCGAAACUGUGUUCCAGACUCAGCAAAUAUCUGCACUGCUCAACACGGUGCAGCAGCUACUGGCCAACGCUGUGCGCCCGACGGAACAAGCAACACCUAUAGCAGCUAUACCGCAUUUUCGUCAGUUUCAUGAAGAAGAAGAGGAAUGUCUCUAGUUGUUGCAACAGUCUCAAGCCCAAAUAAUUGCUCACAACGUACCAGGUGCUGCUACUGGUGGUGCUGGCGCUGGUGGGCGCUGCUCUGGCCAACCCUUUCCCUCUGCCACGACCCCAGGAAGGUGCUGCUCGUGAGGCACUGCGUCCCAGUGAGCAGUACUACUACCCAGGCUACUACGGAUACCUCUACGGCUGAGCAGGCAUACACUGUGACAGAUGCUAAUGACCACGUUGGAUUUUGGCUGCAGUUCAUUUGUUUCAAUCCACAGACACAUUUUGGCAAAUCGUGCUGCUACUGGUGGUGCUGGCGCUGGUGGGCGCUGCUCUGGCCGUCCCUUACCCUCUGCCACGACCCCAGGAAGGCGCUGCUCGUGAGGCACUGCGUCCCAGCGAGCAGUACUACUACCCGGGCUACUAUGGAUACCUCUAUGGCUGAGCAGGCGGACACUGUGAAAGUUGCUAAAGACCACGUCGAAUUUUGGCUACAGUUCAUUUGUUUCAAUCCACAGACAUAUUUUGUUUGGUUUACCAUCCUUGUGCUGCUACUGGUGGUGCUGGCGCUGGUGGGUGCUGCUCUGGCCAACCCUUUCCCUCUGCCACAACCCCAGGAAGGCGCUGCUCGUGAGGCCCUGCGUCCCAGCGAGCAGUACUACUACCCAGGCUACUACGGAUACCUCUAUGGAUGA